AUGGGGUAUGGCAGUGAUCAGGACACUAGAAUGGGUGUAUGGCGGUGAUCAGGAUGCUGGUAUGGGGUAUGGCGGUGAUCAGGAUGCUGGUAUGGGGUAUGGCGGUGAUCAGGAUGCUGGUAUGGGGUAUGGCGGUGAUCAGGAUACUGGUAUUGGGUAUGGCAGUGAUCGAAGUGCUGGUAUGGCGGUGAUCAGGAGGUUGAUAUGGCAUAGGACAGUGAUAUGGGCAUUGGUACAGCAUAUGGCAGUGAUCAGGACUCUGGUAUGGAGUAUGGCCUUGAUCAGGACAUUGGUAUGG